AUAUAAUAUACACAUAAAUACAAAUCUGUUGAAAUAGGCUAAAAUGCUGCCUGAUAAAUAUUUCCACUGGUCGGUUUUUUUAGGUUAUUAAACUAGCCUACUCAAGAAAUCACUUCUGCAAUGCUUUGGCAGAGCCCUUAUUUUGGAUUUCUGGAGUAGACAAGAUAUUCCCUUGUAUAACAGUAUGAAUACACAGUUAUUUACAAUAAUACUAUAAUAUUUAAAAUCUCAAUAACCAUAUUCUUAAUUGACAUAAUAAAUUCAAUACUUCAAAACUCGGACAAUAUAUGUAUAUAAUCUUCCCCUCCCCCUCUACAAAAAAUAAAUAAAACCAAUUGCACAAAAAGAAUAUCUACAAGAUUCUUCUUCAAAUAUCAGUUCACAUGUAACAAAUCCUCAAAAAGUAUUCCAUCAUUUCCAAAACAAAAUAAUGUACACAUAAUCACAAGAGCCAAUGAAAGCGCUUGAUGUGUUCAAAAUUGCAUCAAGGGUACUAUCCCACAUAAGGAACCAGAUACUAAUAACAGAAAUAGACCAUGCCGAUCUUCAAGCAGCUUUUUUACCCAGCAAACCAGAAGAUGAGUUAUACACAUAUUUACUGACCUUUACAGAAAUUAUAACAGUACAUUACACUGGUAAGGCUCAAAGAAACACCCCUAUCUUGAAGAGUGUUGAUGACGCUAUUUUACAAACCCUAAUGCAAAGGGUGAAAAACCGUUGCAUCGGUCAGCUAAAUUUCCUAAAAUGGACAGUGCUAACUGGACGUCAUCAAUGCACUCUGAACUCUUCAAGAGAAUGCAAGAGAACCCGCUUAUUAGUUUGCACAAAGAUUUUACAUCUGCAGCAGGGAAAACACAUAUCUAAGGAACAAAUUAAAACCUAGAUUUAAAAUCAAAAUGAAAAAAUACAUUGUCAAAAGGAUUUAAUACAAUUAGUUACACAAACAUCCAACAAGGAAUUUCUCAACAUGCAUGACGUUAUAAUCCGAUCUUCAAUGCAUCUCUCAGAGGCGUGGCCUAUCUCUAAGAACGUGAAUGUGCUGCAAAAACUGCAAUCUGCGUGAGUACACAAUAAUCAAUAUCAGACAAUACUUUGUUUAAAAAAAUAUUGCUCAGUUUGCAAUCAAAGUCGCAAUUGAGUAAAUAAAAUGCAGUAAAAUGCAUAUUAAAAUCAAAUCAUACACAAUGCAAACCUAAUCAGAUUAAUUAAAUUGAAAGUAGUAAACCUCUCAAAGGACAGAAAGAAACGAUGCAGUAAUAUUGCGUUUUAAUUUAAAACAUAGAAA